AGCUACGAUGAAGAGCAUCGCUGAUCCACGCAGACGGUAUGUUUGCCAUGGGCAAAUGUGAUACCGGUGGAACCAGCAUCAUCGCUCCGACAUGGUCGUCUACACUACGGCGACUUCGUGCCGAUUUCUUACUACCCGACAAAAGUCUUCCGGGACUAUACCCCCCAGUGGUCCAAGGCUCAUUGACUCUCGACUGUCAGCCAUCAUUUCUCUCUCUCGCGCGCAAGUGUUUGUCCUCAAGCAGGCAAGGUAGUUUCAGGAGUCAACAGGAACAAACCAAAAAGAUUUGGGGAUUUGGACUAGAG